AUGAAUGGGAUUGCUCCGAGCUAUGUGAUCCAGGGCUCGACCUAUCGUGAUCUUGGCUCUGCCUUUGUUGCUGUUGACGGUGAUAUUACUAAAACCAAUACAAAGCUUUCUGAGACCAAUAAACAGCUUGCUGAUAUUGUGUCCUCUGUUAAGGGUGGCUCUGUUGGUCCUGUGCGUCGUCUUGAUACGAUUGAGGAUGUUCUGGCACUUGUCUCAUCCGAUGGUGAUGCAACCUCUUUUGGUUCUGCGCAGCGCUUGACGAAUGUUGCAUCUGGUAAAGUGGAGCUAGGUUCAACCGAUGCUAUUAAUGGCGGUCAGCUUUUUGCAACGAAUAAGGCAAUUUCCUCUUACUUCGGUGCUGGUGCUGAUCUUCUAGCUGGGAUUGCUCCAAGCUAUGUGAUCCAGGGCUCGACCUAUAAUAAUGUUGGCUCUGCUUUUGGUGGGGUUAACAGCGAGUUCGAUGCUGUUAAAUCUCAUCUCAGCAAAUUAGAUAGUAAAAUUGAAAGUAAAGUUGAGGAUGCUAAAGCCAAUAGUGUGCGAUGGAGCGAAGAGAAAAAUGCUUUUGACGCCAGCCAUAAGGAUCAGAAUGGUGUUGUGACAGACAGCAAAAUUACCGGUAUUGCCGAUGGUGAUAUUGCUGAAGGCUCGAAGGACGCCGUUAAUGGUGGUCAGCUUUGGGCUGUUAAUAAAGAGCUGACGGGUCGUGUUGUUAAUGUUGAAGGUACGAUAAAAAAUGUCCAGGCAGCUCAGGAGAAUGCUGUUGUUUAUGAUCUCGAUGAUCAGGGUAAGAAAAGCAAUAAGAUCACGCUGAAGGGUAGCAGUCCUUCAGAACCUGUUGUCAUUAGCAAUGUUGCCUCUGGUAAAGUUGAAGUAGGUUCAACCGAUGCUGUGAAUGGGGGUCAGCUUCAUGAUAGCUUGCGUCAGGCAAAAGAAUAUACCGAUGUUGAGUUAACCAGUAAGCUCGCUGUCAUUCGUCAGGCUACAGAUGAGAAGUUUAAUGGCCUCAAUAGGCGCAUGGAUCAGCUUGGUGCUGAAGUUGCUGACAUUCGUGGUGAAGCACGGACAGCAGCUGCGAUCGGUCUGGCUGCUUCGACCAUGCGUUAUGAUGACAGGCCAGGCAAGCUGAGUGUUGCGGCGGGUAGUGGCCAUUGGAAAGGUAAAAGUGCCUUUACAUUUGGUGCUGGUUAUACAAGUGAGGGGGGCAGGGUGCGUACCACUUUAAAUGGUACCUAUGCCGAUGACAGUGUGGGUAUCGGUGCUGGCCUGAGUAUCACUUUGAACUAA